UCGACCGAACGGACGUGGAAUUCAGAGAAAAGAACGAAACCUGAAAAUUCGUUCCGUUUUUGCUGCUCCGGAAGGGGCGGUCCUAGGCUGCUGUCUCACAGUUUUACUUUUCUUUUCCUCUAUCAAGUGCUCUGAAUAUUUGUUUCCAAGUCGUUGUGCUUUUAGCAAAGCAAGUGUUAGGAAUUAGAAAUGUGUGUAGAAACGUGUGAAGACGAAACUGUUGAAAUGGUGUGGCCACGACGCGUAAGCUUGCCUCUUGCAUGGUUGCUGUUCGUUUUCUUCAGUUUCCUUAUGAUCUCCACUUGCUAUUUAUGUCAGAGGAGGAUGAAGUUGGCUGGACUUAAUGCUGCAAUUGAAAAGAAAAAUGGCAAAUACCAUGAAUUGCUCAACAGUGAAGAUCACCUUAGACACUUGAAACAAUACCGAAAAGAUAGCUCCUAUAGUAGACCGGACAUUACUCAUCAGGUCUAUGUCCUAUCUGCUAGCGACCUCGCAAGAAAUAUGUUAUCUCCCGAUGGGCUGCUGCAACUGCCACCUGAUUACAGCAGUGUUAUAAAGCAAAAUGAGUCAUCUUCUUAUGUAAAACUCACGUUCGUAGACCCCUUGCCGGGUGGGCAACUGCAACUGCCACCUGAUUACAACAGUGUUAUAAAGCAAAAUGAGUCAUCUUCUUAUAUGUAAAACAUACGUUCGUAGACCGCUUGCCAGAUUGGUCUACUUAUUGUUUGAAGUCAUUUGUUCGAAACUUCUAUUUUUACUGACUUU